AAAGCUCCGCGAGCCUUGCGUACUCUCAAACAUAUCAAGAAUGGCGGAAAGACGAUCAACUAUAUGUCGAUUGAAGAUGCCAUCAAACUGAUUCCAAGUGGAAGCACAAUCUACCCAGCAAACUUUGCUGGAACGCCAGCUGAGCUGCUCAAGGAGGUAUGCAGACAGGUUGAAUCGGGCAGACUCAACAAAGUGCACUUCUUGAGCGUUAUGAUCGAAGGUGGAGCACCAUGGGACGAUCCAAAAUUCUACGACAAAAUCACAUCCAACACCAUGUUCGCUACUGGCAGCAAUCGCAAACUUAUCCAAUCAGGACAUGGCGAUUACACACCAAUGUUGUUGUCAGAAAUAGCGAAGUAUUAUCGUGACUUCAGAGUGGAUCUUGAUGUUGCAAUGGCAACCAUUUCUCCACCAGACGAACACGGAAACUGCUCACUCGGUAUUGCUGGCGACUGCUCUGUUGAAGCGAUGAGGAAUGCCAAGAUUAUCAUUGGUGAGGAAAUUCCAACGAUGCCACGUACGUUUGGUGAUACGCAAGUGCACGCCUCACAAUUUGACGCUAUCGUGAAGACGAAUCGACCAAUGUUCGCCGCACCUGACCCAAAACCAGGCGCUACUCCUGAUCCAGAUGCCGCUAAGAUCGGAAAAAUGAUUGCUGAAGAACUGAUCGAGGAUGAAUCAACACUCCAGAUCGGAAUCGGAGCUAUCACGGAUGCAGCUUGUGGAUUCUUGAAGAACCACAAAAAUCUUGGUAUUCACACUGAGCUGCUUUCUGAUGGUAUGGUGGAGCUAAUGAAACAAGGCGUUAUCACGAACGCAUGCAAAACAGUUGAUCCAGGAUUGUCGGUGACGUCGCUUGCAUACGGUACGAAUGCCUUCUACAAAUACAUCAACAACAACCCGGUGUUCCGUAUGUUGCUAACAUUUAUUGUGUUCUUUCAUUAUUCAUACAUGCCCUCGUAUGCGACUGCUAUUUUACAUAUGAACUACUCUACCAGAGCUGUUUUUGUUUGUUUAGGAUUCCGCUCGGCUGCAUACACGAACGACCCAGCCGUCAUCCAGAAGAACCACAAAAUGGUCUCAAUCAACGCUUGCAUUGAGAUCGAUCUGACCGGACAGGUUGCAUCGGAUUCAAUCGGAACAAGAAUUUACUCCGGUAUCGGCGGUCAGCUUGACUACGUCUACGGAGCAAGUUCAGCACCAGGAGGUAAGGCCAUUAUGGCACUUGAAUCAACCACAGGAAAAGGAGCCACCAAAAUUGUUCCAUUCUUGAAUAAGGGUGCUGGUGUGGUAGCAACCCGAGGUAACAUUCAAUAUGUUGUCACUGAGUAUGGCAUAGCUGAUCUCUGGGGCAAGAGCUUGAGACAGCGCGCUUAUCAACUCAUCAACCUGGCACAUCCCAACCACAGAGAAUCGCUCGAGAAGAGUGCCUUUGAAAUGCUCAAGUGUAUGCCAUCACCGUAAUUAAUUGUUUUCUGUUAUAGUGUCGAUAAACGCAAUCACCUUAUGGGUAUUUGAAUAAAAA